UAUCAGUAAAAACAAAGUUUUUAUCAAUUUUUGAAGAAUGUAUUUUAAACAGUUGAAGAGAUAAGUUAUUAUAUUUGCGGUAUAUAUUUAGAUCAUUCAUCAUUCAAUGAUUGAACAAAAUUAUUGUUAAAGAUGGCGGCACUGGCGAUGCCUCGUGUAUGGGAUGUAGGAAGAAAAAGUGAAUUUAACUCCAUAGAAAUCGAUUUGUAACUGCUGUUGUCGACUAUACAUCGGUGUGUACAUAUUAUUUAAGUGUUUCCGCUCAUUUGUUGUUAUUAAUAGGCUAGUUUCAUCAAGAACAAGAGUACAAAUAUGCUUUUAUUCAUUUAUUCUUCCAUUAAAAUAGCUUAAAAUGAUGACGGAAGUAGAAGAGGAAAGGAUUCAUUUAACAACUGGACUGGACGACUGCUACGAUAGUCUCGAUGAGCAAGAAUUGGAUAAUCCUUGUGAAAAAUGGACUCCUAUUAAAAAGUCUAUCGACCUAUCUGACGAUGAUGACAACAACGAUGAUAUUAAGUCUUUUGAUGAGAAAGAGUUGUACAGAAUGGAACAAGAACAAGAAGAAUUGAAUAAUUCCCUUUUGGCAGUCACCUCUCAUUUUGCUCAAGUUCAAUUUAGAUUAAAGCAAAUUGUUUCUGCUCCCAGUGACGAAAAAGAAAUUCUGUUAAAAGAUCUUGAACAAUUUGCGUUCAUGGGAAUUCCUGACGUUAGAGUCGUUGCAAAUCACGAAAAUACGCCUCACGAACAUACGGAUGAGAAAGAGUUUCAAGCUAAAUUCAUAGAACAAAGAGAAAAACAACAAGAAUUAAUAAACCAACUGAAAUCUCAACUAGAAGACUUAGAAACAUACGCUUACGAAACAGGAGAUGCUGAUCUUCCGACGAGUAAAGUAUUGGAGAAACAGAAAAUAUUAAUCGACCAAUUAACUAAAAAACUUAAUUUUCAAUUAGAAGAUAUGAGUAAAUUAGGGGAUGAUGACCUCAAGAAAAUUGUUGACACAGCUGUGGGAAAAAUAGUCAACCCAGCCAAAGUAAAAGAAAAACUGGUUGAUCAAUUAAAAACGCAAGUUACUGAUUUAGAGAGGUUCAUUUCAUUCUUACAAGGCGAUGCCCAAACUCCAGGACCUCUUGGUCACAAAUGUACUUGUCCAAUGCAUGGCUCCAAGUUCAAUUUUGAUGAUAAUCAUGCACAAGUUCAUAAAAAUAAUGAAAUGAAAAAUCAUUCAAGUACGAUGAAAGAGGCAACAUUGUCAAUUAUGAAACAGGCCUUAACAGUUUUACAAUUAUUUACGUUUAGCCAAUUCGGAUGUGGACAUAAAGAAUUUAAGCGAAAUUUACUUAAAAGAACAACGAAAAAUAAUCAUUGGGGGGAUUUGAGAGCUCGAUUGGAAAUUUCUAUAAGUAAAGUUCUUGAAGCUGUUGCCAUUGACGAAAAAGUUGACAUUGUUGACAGCGAUUAUACAAGUGAUAUGGAAGAUUCACCGAUUAUGCAAUGUAAUAAAGAAUUAGCCUUAUCCGUCAGGAAAGAAUUGGCGCCCGCUCUGCGAGAUUUACUUCAACACGGUCUUAUGGAAAUUGGUCAAAGUUCAAGUUUAAUGGUAUUUGGAUGUUUAUCGACGCGUUCAAAGAAGCAGACGAAGAUGAUGCAUGCCUGGGAUCUCUUUCUGAAAUAUUACGAAAUGAAGCACGGAAAAGAAUAUAACGAUUCACCUGCAAGGAAACUAUCGCAAUCCUUUCAUCUCGAUAUCGUUGGUGGUAAAGCAAUAACUAAUAAGCAAAAUUUAUUAAGCGCUAUAGAUAGUGUCCUAACAUCACACCGUCCUUUAAAGAGAUCUGAUGAUAUGCAAUUCAAAGCCUUUAUAUGCUACGCCUUAAACGAAGGCAGUCUUGUUAAAUGGCUGCGUCUUGUCUUAAAAAGUCAUUCGUUAAUCGAGUAUUAUUAUCAACCUUGGAGUUACGUUGUAAAAACUGGAUUCGACGAUGCACUCAGGUCAUUAGAAAGCUUAACAUCUGUUGAAUUUCGAUUACCUGUUGACCUUGCUGUUCGGCCUUUUAAGAAUAUUAAAGACGCAUUUUAAUUUGAAAAAUUCGCCUUUUGAAGAGAAUGAUAAGUUAAAAAACAAAAUAAAUGGUGUAAGGAUAACAGACUUAUCUAGAUGGGGUUUGGUUUGAUUAGUUUAAACAACUAAUAGUUAUUUAUAUACUGUUUUUUUAAAUGUUACUACUUCCUAUACUUAACAUAACGCUCUUCCAUCCAAAAGCAUAAACAUAAACAAUGCAAACACUAUUAAUUAUUAUUUUUCUAUUAAUAUUCAAUAUCAAAUAUUAUUUUUUUGUUUUUUAAAGGUUUAUAGGCUAAAUUUAGUUUUAUAAAAACUCUUAGAUAUAUAUAUAUUUUUAUAUAUCAUAUGUA